UAAUUUCUGUUCUUUGGCAAACUUAUUUUCUUCUGGAUUGUGUCGGGUGUGGAGCGGUGCGAGUGCGACCGUUCCUCUCUUCUUCUUCUUCUUUCAUCUUCUGCCUCCAAUUCUCAAUCCUUCGACAAUCCCUGGAUGAAUCUCAACACUGCAACCCUAAAGUCCCCAAUCCUCUCCCCGCCCUCCCAUCCCACCCCAAUCCCUCCUCGAUUGCUGCUAAACCCUCCCCCCAUUCCUUCCCCAUACAGGCCCUAUUGCUCCUCCGUCUCCGGCGUCUGCAGCGGCGGCGUAGUUGCCGUCUUCCCAUCCAAACACAACCAACUCCGCCACUGUACCUCCUUCUUCUGCUCUGCCAGUACCACCACCAGCGAUGGCUACAGCAGACCCGUCGUUAAGGAUAUCGAUGUCGCCACGCUGGGGAACCUCUGCGUUGAUAUUGUCCUCAGCGUUCCCCAGCUGCCUCCGCCCGCUCCUGAAGAUAGGAAGGCUUACAUGGAGCAGCUAUCUUCUUGUCCGCCCGAUAAGCAAUUCUGGGAAGCUGGGGGCAACUGCAAUUCAGCAAUAGCAGCUGCUAGGCUGGGGCUUCACUGUGCUGCAAUAGGUCAUGUAGGUGACGAAAUCUAUGGUCAUUUUCUCUUAGAUGUGCUGAAGAAUGAGGGUAUUGGAAUGGUCGGGAUGGUUGAAGAUGCUGAUGUUAACAGUUCCAAUGCCUCCUAUGAAACCCUUCUUUGCUGGGUUCUUGUGGACCCACUGCAGAGGCAUGGUUUCUGCAGCCGAGCCGAUUUCAGCAAAGAACCUGCAUUCAAUUGGGUGACUGAACUAUCUGGGGAGGUAAAGAUGGCAAUUAGACGGUCAAAGAUCCUCUUCUGCAAUGGUUACGGCUUUGAUGAUCUCUCUCCUGCUCUAAUAAUGGCAGCUAUAGAUUAUGCUGUUGAAGUUGGAACAUCAAUAUUUUUCGAUCCUGGACCGCGAGGAAAAAGUCUUUCUAGAGGUUCCCCAGAAGAACGCCUGGCUCUUAACAAAUUCUUGCAAAAGAGCGAUGUUCUUCUUCUUACUUCUGAUGAGGCCGAGUCUCUAACUGGUAUCAAUGACCCAGUCCUGGCAGGACAGAAAUUACUGAAUCGAGGGGCACGCACAAAGUGGGUGGUUGUUAAAAUGGGUGCUAGGGGCUCCAUUAUCAUUACCAGAUCAAGUAUAUCAUGUGCACCGGCAUUCAAGGUGAAUGUUGUAGAUACAGUUGGAUGUGGAGACAGCUUUGUAGCGGCCAUUGCUUUCGGAUUUAUCCAUAGCCUGCCUCUGGUCAGCACGUUAACAAUCGCAAAUGCAGUGGGGGCCGCUACUGCAACUGGCUGCGGAGCCGGCAGAAACGUAGCAACAUUGGACAAAGUCCUCCAAAUUAUGAGAGCAGCGAACCUCAAUGAGGAUGACCAGUUCUGGAGCUCACUUCUCAGUAGAAAACCGGGCUCUCAUGAGAUUACAAUCCUAUCGAAGACGGCUAUUAAUGGAAGCGGUGGUGGGUCAAAUAGUGUUUCCCUCCAAAAGCUAAUAUUUGAGCUCCUGCCUAAGCUGGAGCCUCCGCGAGUAAAGGAUACAGUGCCUUCUUGAUCUGAUAUAUUGCUUAUGAUUCUUUGGCAUUAAAAGAUCAACUUGAUUCAACGAGAAACAAAUGAUACGUUUAGGAUUUCAUUUUCUAUUAAAAUGGAUUUUCAGUUUAUUUCCUUGGGUUCUAGUUCCAGUUUCAUUGGGUGUUACUUGGUGAUAUAGAUCAGUAUUUUUGCUUCACUGUAGCUAACAUGAGAAUAGGCUUUUGAUCGUGCGUUCGAUAGAAUAUUGUAAUGCUUGUUUUUCUUCCAUGGAUAAUGAGGGAAACGACAAAGCUUCCCUAUAUUUGCACGAA